AACACGGUCAUCCAAGCCCGCAUUUCACUUCUCUUCAGCGCUACUUCCGAGGCCGUUUCCUAUAUUCACUUUAUUUGUACGGAUGCUUUCACGCGAUCUUUAUACCCAUUAAAAAUCAGUAGGUGUCGGAAUAUCGUAGUCGCGUGUUCGUGUUGCAAGAAUAGUUUUUUUAAGUGAAUUGUUACUGUUUAUAGUGUCAUGUGAAAAAAUUGGUAACAUCGCAAUUGUCUUCGAAAGGAGUUAAUCCCGUUUGCCUCGUGGAAAGUAUGAUUCAAAUUCCACGGUCAAGUUUAUAGCGCAAUCAAGAAGAAAAUAUGUCGAAGCUAAAGAUAAUUUCCGUCGUACUCCUGAGUCUUAUUGUGAGGGUGAGAGCCGAUAGUAAUUCUUCGAGCAGUGCCCAAUCGAGAAUAGAUGUGCAACAAUCGAUAGAACACUCAUCACAUGAUGAACCAUCGCUAAUGUCAAAGAUUGCGAGCUGGAUUUUUCCUUUUGGAGGAUCCUCUGAUUCACCUUCUCCUGAUCCGAUUCCACUCGAAUCCAGUAGACAGCAUUCGCUGCAGUAUUUACCUCCUCCCAAACCACAGCAGAUAUGCAAUCCUUGCAAUCAGGAGCCGUGGGUGCCUAUUGCUUCGAGGCAUGGGCUCGAUACGGUAAUUGGAUUCGUACAUCCCCAUCAGCAGCAGACGCCUUCGUUUCAAUAUGGUCCACCCUCGCAACAGUAUGGACCACCAAGUCAUCAAUACGGCGUACCGCCCCCUCCAACAAAGCAGUAUGGACCGCCGCAAAUACCCAACCAACAGUACGGCCUGCCGCCACCCUCUGCUCACCAAAUUAACCCUCAAUAUGGCCCACCGAGUAACCAGUAUGGUGCGCCUCACGCUCCUACAAAUCACUAUGGUCCUCCUGCACCCACGCAUCAGUAUGGACCACCACCAACGCGAUACGGUGUUCCCAACGAUCAACAGGGGCAUUAUUCGAACAAAAAUCAGAAUUUCAGACCACCUCCUAACUACAUACCUCCCACAUUCUUCAUACCUCCCCCAACCGGAAAAUCUCCACCGUAUAAAUACACUAAUGUAAAUAAACCUUCAAAGAACAACAAAUUUGUGCAAGGAAAAUCGAAGCCUUUACGCCCAGCGUUACAACAUCAGCAUGGACCUCCGAUUCCUCUAAACUUCGUAAAAGCAUCAGAUCCACCGCCUUAUCCGUUCGAGCACAUGCCCGGGUUCUCCUUUGAUUUCAGACCACCGAGCGUAGAACCGGAAGUGUUCAAAAGCUACGCUCCGAUACUCACCAAUUACGACAUCCCCUUACAAUUACCACACCUAGACGCGCUUUCCCAAACAAAUUUCCGACACAGCAAUCAGGAGUCGGUCAACAGCGUGCAACUCAUUCCGAGCAUUCGUGUUGCAGAUUUCAUCUCGACAAUCGAGCAUCCCAUUAAGGUAAUACAGUCCCCUAUUGUCGAAGUACACGCCACCAGUAAUGAUGUGCCCAAAGUCGAAGAAAAUGUUGUUAGCUACGGUGUAGACCAAGUGCAAACGAGCCAACGACCGAUAGACACACAAGCGGCCGCCACGGCGCAGAAUGCAACCUAUUACAAUUUAGUGCACGAACCAAACCCCGCCUACGAGCUACAGGAACCUGUGCAAUCAUUGAACCUGCCGGUUCCUACGGGUCACAGUCAGUAUGACGGUUCACUACAUACCGUUGAUAAUACUGCACGUGUGGUACCUACUCCGCAAACGUUCAAACCCUGGAGUUUGGAGAAGCACGAGCCACCUGUUAUCUCUUAUGAUGGAAGAGAUUUCAGUCAAGUACAUUCUUCCUCAACUGCACAUCCACAGUUCAACUUAUUUUUACCACAAACCCCAUCUACGGGAAAACCGACGCUGUCAGGGUAUGCAAACAAGCCCGUCUUAAAUUUCGCUGACUGGAUACCUAACAUAUCCGACUUAUCGACUGUUAUGGUGCCGCCCCCACUCAAGCAACCCUCUUGGGCGACAACCAAGAAGCCGAAGCACGUGCAGAUAAUUAUACCGUAUCGUAUGAAUGACCCGAAGGGAGAGGCGUCCGGUGUACUGCCGAUUUACACUCAACCUCCGGCCGCAGAUCGAGCACCGGUGUGGAGCCAUUUCGCAUUGGACCAUUCGCCGGAAGCGUCCGGGCAGAUAUUUGUAACUGCUCAGAGACCUACAGAGUCCGUUUUGAAUAUUCGCGAAUUGGUAACGAGUGGAGAUCCGGUGAAGCUACAAAAAAGUAUCGACGGUUGGACGGAGCAGGAGUUUUCAAACACUAUAGUGAGUGGUUUCAGCAGUACAAGUGGGAAAUUGAUUCCUUCAAAGAAAAUACCAUCUGAAUAUUUAACAACCCACGCAUACGGAGUUACACAGAACACAAGUGGAAACUUUACGGAAUCCACAAGCACGACAGAGGCAAACAAAGACAUUGAUACCAAUUUGAUACUGACCGGCUCAUCUACGACUGAAGGAAGCACAAAUAUAGCGUCAAUGGUGCCGGUUCUGUCCACGUUACCGAAUUGGGAACAACUGCAAUUGUCAAUUUCGCCUUUAACCAAAGAAAAGAUUUACGUCGUAACGCCACAGCCGUGGAAAUUUCUGAUACCAAAGGAAAUCAACGAGAAACUCUUCCCAUUUACUAAAUCGCCAAAUCUAGGUUUAAGUUCGAAGUUCUCCGUCGUGAUUAAUGGAGGUGACAAAAACCGGACUAGAAUUGAUAAGGAUGGAUUGAAGGUAGUUUACAGCGAAUGGCCUCACCUUAUAAACAAACUGAUGACCACGACGACCGAUGAACCGAAAUCGACCGGUCAUCCGUUGUUCGGUCAAAUGGACUUGACUUCGGUAACAGACGCUCCAAAUUCCACUGUCGUUACGUUAAGCGGACACUCGAAAGUUGUUAGCGGCGCUACUACGACUGCCAGUGCCAUUGAGAAAAAGCCGACGUAAAUCGACUGCCUGACCCACAAAUCUGUAUGCCAUAUUUAUUUAGGAAGUAAUCGUGUACAUAUUGAAAACUGAGAGUAAAUCAUGCUC